AUGUCGGCUGAUUGUGGGGCCGUGCGGGUGCCUAGGGCUGUGCUGCUGACAGGAAGGUUUAAACAAGAAGGAGUCGUUGGGCAGUUAAAGAUUUAUCUGGGCAGCCACCCCGAGGACUGGACCCACUUGGCUGGGGGCACAAAGAGGACACUGGAGAUGGCAAAGUGCACCCUCAGCUCCUCCACCCAGGCCUCCACCAGUAUCGACCUGCUCUACGAGGGCGUGGACUUCUACACAGCCAUCACGCGGGCCCGCUUCCAGGAGCUCAACGCCGACCUCCCCAGCACCACGCUGGGGCGGGUGGAGAAGGUGCUGCACGACACCACGCCGGACAAGUCCCAGGUGCAUGACGUGGCGCUGGUCAGUGGUUCCACCUGCAUCCCCAGGAUCCAGAAUCUGCUGCAGGAUUUCUUCAAUGGGCGGGAGCCGAAUAAGAGCAGCAACGUGGACAAGGCUGUGGCCUCCCGCACUG